AUGUCGGGAAACGUCUGUUUUUCUUUCUUCCUCCCGCAAGCUCUGCGCCUCGCCCUGCGGAGGGAAAAAAACAUAACGGGCUAUCUAUCUAUCUAUCUAUCUAUCUAUCUGUUGAUCUGUCUUAUUUUCAUAUCUGUGUCACUGUUUGUUUAUCUAUCUAUCUAUCUAUCUAUCUACCUUUUAGCUUGCUUAUCUAUCUAUCUCUUAGCCGCUUAUCUAUCUAUCUAUCUAUCUAUCUAUCUAUCUAUCUAUCUAUCUAUCUAUCUAUAUCUCUUCAUUUCUUUUUCCGGUUGUCUCAAAUUUAUAUUUGGAUUAUUAUUGUUCUUUUUGUUUUCUAUUGUUACUUCUUCUUUUCCGUCUUUCUUCUUUCUCGUCUCUUUUUCAUCUUUCUUCUUUCACCUCCCUUUCCGUCUUUCUUCUUUCCCCUCUCUUUUCCAUCUUUCUUCUUUCCCCUCUCUUUUCCAUCUUUCUUCUUUCCCCUCUCUUUUCCAUAUUUCUUCUUUCCCUUCUCUUUUCCAUCUUUCUUCUUUCCAUUCUCUUUUCCAUCUUUUUUCUUUCCCCUCUCUUUUCGAUCUUUCAUCUUUCCCUACUCUUCCAUAUUUCUUCUUUCCCCUCUCUUUUCCAUCUUUCUUCUUUCCCCUCUCUUUUCCAUCUUUCUUCUUUCCCCUCUCUUUUCCAUAUUUCUUCUUUCCCCUCUCUUUUCCAUAUUUCUUCUUUCCCUUCUCUUUUCCAUCUUUCUUCUUUCCCUACUCUUCCAUCUUUCUUCUUUCCCCUCUAUUUUCCAUAUUUCUUCUUUCCCUUCUCUUUUCCAUAUUUCUUCUUUCCCUUCUCUUUUCCAUCUUUCUUCUUUCCCCUCUCUUUUCCAUAUUUCUUCUUUCCCUUCUCUUUUCCAUCUUUCUUCUUUCCCUACUCUUCCAUCUUUCUUCUUUCCUCUCUCUUUACCAUCUUCUUUCUCCUCUCUUUUCCAUCUUUCUUCUUUCCCUUCUCUUUUCCAUCUUUCUUCUUUCCCUUCUCUUUUCCAUAUUUCUUCUUUCCCUUCUCUUUUCCCUCUUUCUUCUCCCCCUCUCUUUUCAUAUUUCUUCUUUCCCUCUCUUUUCCAUAUUUCUUCUUUUCCUUCUUUUCCAUCUUUCUUCUUUCUCCUCUCUUUUCCAUCUUUCUUCUUUCCUUCUCUUUUCCAUAUUUCUUCUUUCCCUCUCUUUCCAUCUUUUCUUCUUUCCCUCUAUUUUCCAUAUUUCUUCUUUCCCCUCUCUUUUCCAUAUUUUUCUUCUUUCCUUUCUUCUUUCCAUCUUUUUCUUCUUCUUCCCUUCUCUUUUCCAUAUUUCUUCUUUCCUUCUCUUUUCCAUUUCUUCUUUCCCUCUCUUUUCCAUAUUUCUUCUUUCCUUCUCUUUUCCAUUUUCUUUUUCCAUCUUUCUUCUUUCCUUCUUUCUCCUUCCAUCUUUCUUCUUUCCCUUCUUUUUUUUUUCUUUUCCAUCUUCUUCCAUCUUUCUUCUUUCCAUCUUUUUUCUUCUUUCUCUCUUUCCAUCUUUUUCUUUCCCCUCUCUUUUCCAUAUUUCUUCUUUCCCCUCUUCUUGUUUCUUCUUUCAUCUUUUUUCUUUCUUUCUUUUCCUCUUUUUCUUCUUUCUUUCCCCUCUCUUUUCCAUAUUUCUUCUUUCCUUCUCUUUUCCAUCUUUCUUCUUUCCCUCUCUUUUCCAUCUUUCUUCUUCCCCUCUCUUUUCCAUCUUUUCUUCUUUCCUUCUCUUUUCCAUAUUUCUUCUUUUCCUUCUCUUUUCCAUCUUUCUUCUUUCCCUCUCUUUUCCAUAUUUCUUUUCCUUCCUUUUCUCUUUUCCAUCCUCUUUUCUUCCUCUAUCUUCUUUUUUCUUUUCCAUCUUUCUUCUUUCCCCUCUCUUUUCCAUCUUUCUUCUUUCCCCUCUCUUUUCCAUAUUUCUUCUUUCCCUUCUCUUUUCCAUCUUUCUUCUUUCCCCUCUCUUUUCCAUAUUUCUUCUUUCCCUUCUCUUUUCCAUCUUUCUUCUUUUCCUUUCUUCCUUCUCUUCUUUCCAUCUUUUUCUUUCUUUUUCCCCUCUCUUUUCCAUCUUUUUUCUUUCCCUUCUCUUUCCAUCUUUCUUCUUUCUUUUCCAUCUUCCUUCUUUCCCCUUCUUUCCAUCUUCUUUUUUCUCUUUUUCCAUCUUCUUUCUCCUCUCUUUUUCCAUCUUUCUUUCUUUCCCUUUCUCUUUUCCAUCUUUCUUCUUUCCCUUCUCUUUUCCAUAUUUCUUCUUUCCCUUCUCUUUUCCAUCUUUCUUCUUUCCCCUCUCUUUUCCAUAUUUCUUCUUUUCCCUUCUCUUUUCCAUCUUUCUUCUUUCCCUUCUCUUUUCCAUCUUUCCUUUCUUUUCCUCUUUCUUUUUCUCUCUUUCUUUCUUCCUUCUCUUUUUCCAUCUUUUUCUUUCCCUACUCUUUCCAUCUUUCUUCUUUCCUCUUUACUUCUUUCUUUCUCUUUCCAUCUUUCUUCUUUUCUUCUCUUUCCAUCUUUCUUUUUCUUUCUCUUUUUCCAUCUUUCUUUUUUCCUUCUCUUUUCCAUCUUUCUUCUUUCCCUCUCUUUUCCAUCUUUCUUCUUUCCCUUCUCUUUUUUCUUUCUUCUUUCCCUCUCUUUCCAUCUUUCUUCUUUCCCUUCUCUUUUCCAUCUUUCUUUCUUUCUUUUCCAUCUUUUUUUCCAGCUUUUCUUUCUUCUUUUCUUCUGUUUUUUUUCCCCUCUCUUUUCCAUUUUUCUUUCUUUCCCCUUUUCCAUCUUUUUUCUUUCCCCUCUCUUUUCUUCUUCUUCCCUCUCUUUUCCAUCUUUCUUCUUUUUUUUCUCUUUUCCAUCUUUCUUCUUUCCCUCUCUUUUCCAUUUUCUUCUUUCCCCUCUCUUUUUUCUUUUCCAUCUUUCCAUCUUUUCUUUUCUUCCAUCUUUCUUCUUUCCAUUCUCUUUUCCAUUUUCUUUUCUCCUCUCUUUUCCAUCUUUUUUCUUUCCUCUCUUUUCCAUCUUUCUUCUUUCCCUACUCUUCCAUCUUUUCUUCUUUCCCCUCUUUUUCCAUCUUCUUUCUCCUCUCUUUUCCAUCUUUUCUUCCCCUCUUUUCCAUCUUUCUUUUUUCCCUCUCUUUUCCAUCUUUCUUCUUUCCCCUCUCUUUUCCAUCUUUCUUCUUUCCCCUCUCUUUUCCAUAUUUCUUCUUUCCCUCUCUUUUCCAUAUUUCUUCUUUCCCUUCUCUUUUCCAUCUUUCUUCUUUCCCUCUCUUUUCCAUAUUUCUUCUUUCCUUCUCUUUCCAUCUUUUUCUUCUUUCCUUCUCUUUUCCAUCUUUCUUCUUUCCCUCUCUUUUCCAUAUUUCUUCUUUCCUUCUCUUUUCCAUCUUUUCUUCUUUCCCUACUCUUCCAUCUUUCUUCUUUCCUCUCUCUUUACCAUCUUCUUUCUCCUCUCUUUUCCAUCUUUCUUCUUUCCCUUCUCUUUUCCAUCUUUCUUCUUUCCCUACUCUUCCAUCUUUCUUCUUUCCCCUCUCUUUUCCAUCUUCUUUCUCCUCUCUUUUCCAUCUUUUUUCUUUCCCCUCUCUUUUCCAUCUUUCUUCUUUCCCUACUCUUCCAUAUUUCUUCUUUCCCCUCUCUUUUCCAUCUUCUUUCUCCUCUCUUUUCCAUCUUUUUUCUUUCCCCUCUCUUUUCCAUCUUUCUUCUUUCCCCUCUCUUUUCCAUCUUUCUUCUUUCCCCUCUCUUUUCCAUAUUUCUUCUUUCCCCUCUCUUUUCCAUAUUUCUUCUUUCCCUUCUCUUUUCCAUCUUUCUUCUUUCCCCUCUCUUUUCCAUCUUUCUUCUUUCCCUUCUCUUUUCCAUAUUUCUUCUUUCCCUACUCUUCCAUCUUUCUUCUUUCCCCUCUCUUUUCCAUAUUUCUUCUUUCCCUUCUCUUUUACAUAUAUAUUUUAG